AUGGGUCGUCCUCGAAGUCUGCUACCCGAUCCAGACGCUCCUAAUCUAGCUGUCCGAUGGUUCCAUGCUGUGGAUAGCCCAAUUUCAGAUCCCAUUGUGAAUCGACGAGCACGAAGCGGCACCAACUCAUCACGCAGCAAAGGCACCAGUAGCCCGGCACCACCUGCUUCUCCAAAACGCACACCACCCAAAGAUUGGAUUCCAUUCUCUAAACGUGAUUCGAAUGCGCUUGAAAAGGCGUAUCAGAACAACGAUGUGCGUGCAACCGUAUUAGUGAACGAAGAUCAUUUGUUUGAAGUGGAUGUAACACAAAGAACCAUCAGCCCUGUGUAUUGGGAAGGUCCCGUGUACGAAGUGCGACGUGCAACUUGGUUUAUGCAAGGUGAUGGCUCCAAAUGGGUUCCUUGUGAAGAGAAUUUGGCAGAACAAAUCGAGCUGGGUUACUACAAGCAUAAACCUUGGUUGAUUACUGAAGAUCCACCCAUGACACCAUCCUCCACAACAACAACAAUCAACAACUCAUCAUCCUCCACCACUACCGAUUCAACGCUCAAAGAGGAAGAAGAUCUUCAACGAUCGGACACUGCCAUUGAAGAAAAGAAGCUGGAACAGAAAUUGGAACAGCAACCUGUGGAAAAGCAAUGGAACUUGUUGGGCCCUUAUCUUGGACAAUACAUGGUUUACACAGGCACCAAUACUGCAUGGUUACUCUACAACACAGCGGGAAGCAAAAUAGCCAAAAGCAUUAUCACACGACUCACCAACCGAUCCAAUUUGGGCGGCACACGCUUGUUGCGAGGAUACCCGGAGGUGGAAAAGCAAAGCAAAUCAAAGGCAACAACCCAUUCACCCAAACAACCAGGAGCAGCAGCACAACAAGAACGUGGCAUGAAACCUGACGAGAAGCUUGCAAAUGAUAUGACCAUGGCAGAACAAGAAAUGGAGGAUUAUGACAAUGAAGAUAGUGAAGAGGAAGUUAGAAGUAUUGAUCAUUUGGUCUUUGUGAUUCACGGCAUUGGUCAAAAGAUGUCCGAGAGGAUGGGUCAAAACUUUACACAUGAUGUCAACAUGCUGCGAAAGACACUCAAAUCCGCCUAUUCCACAGCCAUUGCAGCCACUGACAAUCCACAACGACCCAAUGGCAUUCAAGUCCUUCCUAUUCUUUGGCGGCAUGAAAUCACAUUUGGCAUGGCAAGUGAUGAUGAAGAAGGCGUGGAGAUGGAUCUUGGAAUGAUCGGUGCCGAUGAUGGUUGUCCCACGCUUGAUGAGGUGACUUUGGAUGGUGUACCCAAUAUUCGUCUAGUCGUCUCUGAUGUCCUUCUCGAUGUACCCUUAUACCUGACACAAAAGUACCGAGAUCAAAUGACAUCCAUUAUCACACGAGAGAUCAAUCGCGUCUAUCGUCUUUUCGUUCGAAGGAAUCCUGAUUUUAUUGAAAGGAAUGGCAAAGUGACCCUACUUGGUCAUUCUCUCGGCUCUCUCCUUGCAUUUGAUAUCUUGAGCACACAACCAGAACAACCCCUCACAAGAGAAGCUCGUACGCUUUCCAUGCUUGAUGAUUUACAAGCAUCCUCCAUGGCUAUGGACAAGAAGUCACCAGCCUUGUUAUUCCCGGUUCGAAACUUUUUUGCGGUGGGCUCCCCUCUCGGUGUGAUUCUUUUGUUACGAGGAUACAAGAUUGCAUCUCGAAAGUGUCUUGAAGAGGAUAUGGCGAAUGGCAAAGUGAACAAUUUUGGUGACAUGUCCAAAUCCUCGAGUACGGUGUCCUUUUGUUACCCUGCUGUUGAAAACCUAUACAAUAUCUUUCACAAGUCUGAUCCAGUGGCGUAUCGACUUGAGCCUUUGAUUGCACGUCAACAUUCUGCCAAAUUGAAACCGGUGCCUAUCACGUAUAUCAAGGGCGGCUUAAAGAGCGUGAUUGAUGCUGGCUUUAGCGUGGGGUCCGGUAUUGCCAAUCGAGCGGGUGCCAUGUAUGAAUCGUUCAAAAUGGGAUUAACAGCCAACUUGUUUAUGCGUGGAUUGGGUCUUUCAAAGCAAUUGGAGGAUGAUAUCAAUCAAGCAACUGCUGCUUCUGCUGCCGCUGCCACUGCCGCUGCCACUGCUGCCAAUCCAGAAAACAACAACAACGAGCUUACUACGGGUAGCAGUGAAUCCCUGUCACCUGAAUCGGAUGAGCAAAAUACAUUGCGUUCUCGGUCACGGAGUGAUCCUUCAUUGACAGACAAGUAUCGGAAAAGAGCUGCUUCAUCGGCAAGUGAGACUUCAGGUGCAGAGAAAUUGAGGAUGUUAAAUCAAACGGGUCGUGUCGAUUUUUGUUUGCAAGAAGGCAUCUUGGAGAAUCCUUAUCUAAGCGCAUUUAGUGCCCAUAUGCAAUAUUGGCAGGAUUUGGAUGUAGCUGCGUUCUUGGUGAGAGAAAUUUACAGAAACUAA